UCUAACCGUUGCUAUGGCAUUCUCUGGAGUUCUUAAGGUGGUUUGCUUGGUGGUGUUGUCCAUGGCGGCACUAUCAUUUGGUGGUGGGAAAGCAGCGAUCACGUGCGGUCAGGUGGUGAACAAGCUGAUGCCAUGCGUACCUUACGUCCAAACCGGUGGGACUCCGGCGGCAAAUUGUUGCAACGGCAUCAGGACCCUCAAUGGCAUGGCUAAAACCACCCCUGAUCGCCAAGGCGUGUGUAACUGUUUGAAACAAGCAAUCACCGGGAUUCCCUACACCGGAGCUAACACCGGUCUUGCUGCAGGCCUUCCUGCAAAGUGUGGUGUCAACCUUCCCUAUAAGAUCAACCCUUCUACAGACUGCAAAAGCAUCAAGUGAGAGCUGACUGGGUUGCUGAUGUAGCUCAGCAGAUGGCUACUUGAUUUCCUCAUGCAGGAACUUAAUUAGUGUGGCGUAAGAAUAAGGUGGUGGUUUACUACCUGAUGUGCUGG